AUGUCGUUCCAGUACACGCCGUUGCCUGGAGAUCAGGAGGGGAGUAUUCGGUUGAUAAAUCUUCUACCUAAGAAGGAGCAUCCCAAAAAUUGUGAGGGCCCUGACAAUAACGAUGCUAUGACACCGCUACCGGCCCGAGUGCAUUGCACCCUCUCCGUGGCCAAGUUGGAAGAGCCACCACCAUACGCUGCCUUGUCGUACACAUGGGGGACGUCGGAUCGCAAAAGCACGAUAAUGGUCAAUGGAAUGCCAUUCCUGGCAACAGAAAAUCUAGAAAGCGCUCUCUAUUAUCUCACUCCACAGAUCCAACCCCUCGUUCUUUGGGUAGACGCGAUAUGCAUCGACCAAAACAGUGAGGGCGAACGUCCGCAACAGCUUCAGAAAAUGCGACAGAUUUACAACCGUGCUACCUCAGUCACGGCUUGGCUAGGUCCGCCUAGAGAUAACAGCGAUAUCGCACUGGGCUGGAUCCAGUAUUAUGGGUCGAAACUGCCUGAGAACAACCGCCUGAAGACAUUUCUGAAAGAGAUCUCCAAAGAAGUAACAUCGGAUUCCGGUCUGGCAGAAAGUAUCAAGGUAUCUCUAGCGAAGCUAUUUGACCGGCCCUACUGGAGCCGGGUUUGGGCUGUUCAGGAGAUAGCACAUGCCAAGUCUGUUCGGUUUACUUGCGGUGAUAAGUCUGUGUCUUUGGAUGCCCUACAUCAUGCGCUUAGACUUGUGAGAAAUUUAAGGCAGUUCCAAAAGCUAAAGCAGGGCCACCAUGUACAGCAAGCCACUGUCAAGUCUAUAGGAUUUCCCACCAAUACACGCAAUGCCAUCAGUCUCUUGAAGGUUCAGAGAGCUACUGAGCCCCUUCCGCUCAUCUAUCUUCUUCGGACUUUCCGGUUCUUCAAAGCUAGUGAUCCGCGCGACCGACUGAUAGCUCUUCUGGGAUUCGCUUCGGAUGCUGAUAUCUUGGGACUUUCCUCUGAUUUCCGGGACAAGUCUUAUGAGGAGUUGUACUGCGAUGUCGUUGUUGGCCUUAUAACAAGUGGAUUCUUUGAUGUGCUAUCGCUUUGCGACCCUGAUAAUCGAAUCCCGGGAUACCCAUCGUGGACACCGGAUUUUACCAGGAUGCGAGCACGGGUUCCUUUGCAGCAAAGAGCUUUGGACCAGCAUAGCUCCCCUAUUAAGACCAGUCUUCGACCAAAGUUCUCAGCUUCUGGGAAAAGAAACUUAGGAAGCAAGAGCUGUUCACUGCCUGUCUCUUCAGGUUCACACCUCGUACUUCAUGCCAAGCUGAUCGAUAUCGUGGAUCAGGUGGGUACCCAAUGGAAGGCGGGAUAUUCGCGUCGGUGGCUAGAGGAGCUAAGCCAGUUUUCCUUCCCUGAUGGGCUGAAGUCUCUCGAGCCUCUUCCUCCUGCAUGCUUACAGGCCGUUCUACGUACGGCAGUUGCUGAUCAAGAGGGGUGGCGAGGAGCCGUUAAGCCUAGACUGAGUCAUUCAAUGGUAGUGAAAGUCCAAGAGGUAUUGGAGAAGUCAGAUCUCUCUGACAAUACCGCAGCCCUCACUUCAUUCGGCGUAGAUGACUACGUGGACCAGUUACAAGAAAUUGCCAAACACAGAUGCCCAUUCCGAACAUCCACGGGCCGGAUUGGAAUUUGCCCGCACCAGAUGAAGUCUGGUGAUCGGAUCUAUUUACUCGCAGGGGCGCCUGUUCCCUACGCUAUGCGUGAGGGGACGGAUCGAAAGUUGAGGCUGCUUGGGGAGGCGUAUUUGCAUGGGAUUAUGGACGGCGAGGCGCUUGAUAAUGUUAAAUCACUGGAUAAGGUUAAGUUGUAUUAA